AUGGAAAAGAGAACAAACAAAAAUAAAUUUGGUGAAAUUUCACACACGAAUUUUUUAGAAAAUAUUGAGUGUUUACAAAAUGGAUCAAAAACACUUCUUGAAGUGUUUUCAUCUACAUGUCAAAAAUACGAAAAUAAAAACUUUCUUGGGACUAUUAAAGAUAAUAAAUUGAUUUGGCAGACAUUUUCUGAAAUUAAUAUUAAGAUACAAAAAUUAAGUACUUUCUUAAAUUCUAUAUUACAAGAAAAUGCUAUUUUUGGUAUUUUUUCUGUAAAUAGAUAUGAGUGGAUUGUUUCUGAAUUGGCUGGUUACAUGUCAAAUUGUAUUAAUUGCCCUUUAUAUUCCACUUUUGGUCCUGAUGCUGUCAAUUUGAUUAUUAAUGAAACAGAAAUGACAGUAUGUUGUGUCUCAGGAGACAAAGCGGAAAGUCUUUUAGAUAUUCUUUUAUCAUCUAAAAAGCAUUUUUUAAAAGAUAUAAUUAUUUUUGAUGAUGAUUUUAAUCGUGAAAAUGAAUUUUUAGAUCUUGAAAUUAAUGUACAUUAUAUUAGCCAGAUAUUUUUAGAAACUGAAAUUAAUUUAAGAUCAAAUAAAUUAGAUUUAAAUAGUCUUGCUACUAUUUGUUAUACAAGUGGAACAUCUGGAAUACCUAAAGGAGUACAAAUUACACACAAAAAUUUUAUUGCAAAUAUUUCCGCUUUUUUUAGAGGCCAAACUAAAAAUGAAAUGUAUCGCGUUUCUGAUUCUGAAGUGUAUUUAUCUUACUUACCUCUCGCGCAUAUAAUGGAGCGUAUAGUUGUUCAUGUAAUAACAUCAGUUGGCGGAUCAAUAGGAUUUUAUAGAGGUAACCCUAAAAAAAUUGAAAGUGAUUAUUUGAUAGUUAGGCCUACAUUUAUAAUAGCUGUACCUAGAGUACUUAAUAUUUUUAAACAAAAAAUUGAGGAAGGUGUCGCAGAACGAGGAAAACUAUCAAAGUUUAUUUUUAAUAUAGCUUUGAAAAUUAAAAUGUGGUUACAGUGCAGAGGUUCAGUUAAAUGUUGGCCACUCGAUAGUCUUAUUUUUAACAAAAUUUCUAAUAAAUUUGGUGGCAGAAUUAAGGCUUGUUUAUGUGGCUCUGCUGCAUUAAGUCAUAACGUACUAACUUUUUUAAAAGCAACGAUGUCGAUGCGCAUUUUUCAAGGUUAUGGACAAACUGAGACAACAGGUGCUACUACAUUAUGUCCUUUAGACGGGGAUAAUUUUGAUAAUGUAGGUAUUCCAUAUCCAUCAUGUAAGAUUAAACUUUCUCCUGUAGAUGGACAUGAUAAAUAUUCUGGAGAGUUACUUGUUAAAGGAGACAAUGUUACAAAAGGAUAUUUUAAAAGGCCUGAAUUGAAUGCCGAACUUUUUACGGAAGAUAAUUGGCUCAAAACAGGUGACAUAGCAAGAUUUUACAAUGGAGUUUUUAAAAUUAUUGGAAGAACAAAAGAUCGGUUUAAAACUGGACAUGGAGAAUAUAUUGAACCUGAAAAAAUUGAAACAUUAUUAACAGGUGGUUUAAUACAAGACAUUAUAAUUACUACAUUAAAAGGGUAUGAUAAAUUGUUGGCGUUAGUUGUGUGUGAAAAAGAAGGAAUCCAGGAAAAAGAAGUUCUUGAUUAUUUAAUUAAGAAAGGUAAUAAACUAGUGGAUGAUAAAAAAAUGAAUAGGUAUGAAAUUCCUUCACAUAUAAUUUUACUAAAGAAAGGAUUUGAUACAUUUGAUGGAGGAAAGUUAUUAUCACCGACUGCGAAAAAAAUCAGAGUGAAAAUUGAAAAAUUUUUUUAUGAAGAUAUAAAAAGAGCUCUGAGUAAAAAAUAA